UCGAUUUGGGACACUUUUGCCGAAAAGCACAUUACCAAAGCAAACGACCAAGCAUGUAAUGCACGCAUUCUAUGUAGGCUUCUGCUAGCUCCAUCAGCUCUCCCCAAACAUCAUCUUGCAUUCAGUUCUUCGAUCGUUUCAUUUUGUAUGCUCCCAUGAUGCGUGCAAGCAUGGCUUAGUUUGUUCACUCCCGGCCGCCCAGUUUUCUCAACAUCGUGAUCAAGAUUUUGUAACGUACGUGCGAUUCAAAGAACAUCGACUGAUCAAGAUAUGAUGGAGCUGCUCGCCUAGACUGUAAUUCAACAAUUGAAGAUCCAGCUAGCUAGCAAGAGAUCCAGGCAACAGAUCGACUCAUCAUGCCAGCGGAUGAGUGGACGAGGAUCGUAGCAGGCAGCAUCGAUGAAGCAGCAAAGAAGAUAAUCGAUUUCCUGGACGAUACGAGCAACAACAGAAGUACGGUGAUCUAUUUUGAGGCCUGCAGAGGAUUGGGGUCAUCGGCCGUCCUCAAAGAGGUGGCCAAACGACUGAGAUCGUCGUCACCGGAGAAGCUGAAGCUGAAGCUGAGGUUGGACAAGAUCAUCCACGUCGAUUGCUCUCUGUGGCAGAGCAAGAGGGCCCUGCAGAAGGCCAUCGCCCAGGAGCUGGAGCUUCCUCGGUCGGUGAUGGCCAUGUUUGAUCAGCGUGACAAGGAGGAUGAUCUCGACGGCGUGGACCACGGUGCCAGAGGAGUGAUACCGCACAUAGAUGUGCAGGAGUGCGGUGUUCCUAUAAAUAUGGGACUCUCAGGCAAAAGGGUACUGUGGACAUCCCAGGUCAGGUUUGGGCCUUGGAUGAUCACAGGCGAUGUGCACAUGGUUGCCGGACCGAGCGAUGUCGCUAUGUUUGCUGAUCCUAUGGAUGAUCAACCCCUGCUGCAUGAAGAGGCUGAGGAGGUUGCUAGGUCCACUGGUGUCCCAAAACCUGGCAUGAGCCCUGAGAUUGUCAAGGAGUGCAUCAUGUACUACAAGGUGGUGAGGCUGUUAGAUGGAAACCAUGGCAUUGACUGGGCCACCCACGCGGCUAACUACUGGGUAUGCAGCGGGAUCAUACGAUCCGUUGGUAAUACGUCAGCAUGGGAGAUUGCCCAAGCUUUGCAUACCAACCUGAGAUUGGAUUGGGAUGAUAGUCUGAAUAAUAAUAAGGAAAAACUAGAUCCACUACAAGUGCCUUGUGAUUCUGUAAAGGCAUCAUUCUUCUGGGCUACAUCUCACAGCAACAAGGAAGCAACUACAAGCUGUAAAGAAUCACUGGAGGCCAGAAUGUUCCAACAUUCAUCUGUAGACAGGCUGCGUGUGAUAAAUCUCUCCCAGUGUACAUUCAGUUUUACAUCUCCACCCUUCCUCGGUUGUAGCAGCCUAAGAUUCCUCCUACUUGACCGUUGCAAAGACAAAGACAAGCUCUGCUCAGGCUCAUCACCAAAUAGUACUAGUGCUGGAGACACUGAAAAGGAGACUAGUAUUAGCAGUGGAGCAUGUUUCCAGAAGCUAUGGGUGCUUGACCUGAGUUACACAGACUGGUAUUGGCUGCUAUCAGUAGAGGCACAAGAUCUAAUGGUUGAGCUUAGGGAGCUAAAUGUGAAGGGGGUCAAGCAUUGGAGCAUAAGCCAUCUACUCCGUGAUGACAACAAUUCUAGUACUGGUGUCGGAAGCAGCACCAAGCCCCUUGGGCUACUCAACCUUGUCAAGCUCCAAGUCGCGACCGAACCAAUAACUGAAGUUCAACAUCAGUCACAAGUAUUGCAGCAAGAUCAAGUAGCAGUAACAUUAUUCCCGAACCUGUCUAGCUGCAAAAUCAUCAAGACAAUCAUUCUGGAUGGUUGUUUUGAGUUGACGCGAAUUGACCCUCAUGACCUACCGCCAUCACUCGAGUCAUUUAGCUUCUCUAGCAGCAGCAAUGACAAUGAUGUUGAUGUCACAGCCAAGAUAGAGAGCAUCUCCUUCCGAGGAUGCACCCAGUUGAAGAGUGUGCUUUUGAGAGGAGUGUUUGAGAGGCUCAAGCAACUCGACGUCUCAGGCACUUGUAUUAAAACCCUCGACCUACGUUCAAUGCGAGGCAACUGGUCUCUCAAGGAGCUCCUACUGCUUGGAUGCAAGGAGCUUCGUGCAAUACUAUGGCCAAAACAAGAUGUAUCAUUGGAGGUUCUGCACAUCGACACUAGUAGCACUGAACUUGGUCAUGCUACAGGUGUAGUUGAAUCAUCAUCAUUCUCACCCGUUGAAUUUAAAUGGUAUAUUUCAGUGAGGGACAGAAGACUCCUUCGCUCGCUAAAUGAUACAAAAUAUCCCUUGGAUGCACCAUGCAUCGAGAUCUCAUCCCCUCCUGCUAGUGUUGCUACUGCUACUACUGAUAGUUCUGAAUUAGGCGGAACAAUAAGCAAGAGAAGGCCCAUUGCCAUUAGCAGGGCUGAACAACGUUGGUUGAUGUCAACCAAAAGCCGACGACCAACUGCUGACCACAAGAAGUUAUAUGCGGAUGUCGACUCCACGAUCCAGCACUUGCAACUACAAGCAACCAUGAACGGCAACUGGAUGUGGCCAUGUAAAUCGGAGGGCAGCACCUCUCACUACAUUAGCUUACAAGAUGAUAAGAGGAUGCAGACGAAACCAUUGUCGUCGCCAUCUUUGCCAGGUUCCAUCUGUGAAAGAGCUUCAGGCCUGCACGUGCAUGACAGCUUGUCUGUCGCAAGUAUCACAAGCCAUUCAAAUGAGGCACGGAGAUGGUAUAACCUAGAGUGGUGCAGAGUGGAGAGAUGCCCUAACAUUGAAGGCGUUGUAUUCACUCCACCUAGUACUGGUAGUAACAGCAUUUUCUGGUACCUAAAGACAUUCUGGGCAUCCCAACUAGCAAGGGCGCGCCACAUCUGGGACUGGAGCACAACGGGCCAGAUACAUUUUGAGCCUGCAGAUUCGUCAUUCUGGUUGAAAGUGCUACACCUAAAUUGCUGCCCCAGGUUGAUAUAUGUGCUUCCCUUAUAUGACAACAGUCCUUCCUAUGCAUACUGUGCGUUGGAAACCCUUGAGAUCGUGUGUUGUGGUGACCUCAAGGAUGUCUUCCGAGUGGAUGAUAAUAAUCAAGAGCUUCUAAAAACUAUAAAAUUUCAAGAGCUGAAGCACAUCCACCUGCACGAGCUGCCCUCUCUGCAACGCAUCUGCGGGCAUAGGAUUGUGGCCCCCAAGCUCGAGACCAUCAAAAUCCGAGGCUGCUGGAGCCUCACCCGCCUACCGGCUGUUGGUCUUGACAGUACCCGCAAGCCCAAGGUGGAUUGCGAGAAGGAAUGGUGGGAUGGCCUGCAGUGGGAUGGGUUGGAGAACGGACACCAUCCUUCCCUCUAUGUGCCCACCCACUCACGCUACUACAAGAAGAAACUGCCCAGAGGUUCCAUGCUCAGGUGAUCGAUAUAUACGUCCAUACACUACAUAUUUGAUACUGUAAUCAUCUACGUAUCAUUCCCUUUCCCUCAUCCAGUGGCUCAUCAAGUUCUUCAGCUCUAUCUCUAUUAUAUAUGUCCUUAUUUGGGGCUGGUGUUCAAAGUGCUCGCUCAUUUCAUCAUAUCAUUUGCAACGGCAACAAUAUCUAAUGCAUGAUGAGUAAGUACAUCUCCGGCCGGCAUCCAGACGCUCGUCAUCUGCUUGUUACUAGCUUGGAUUCUGUUCAUUUCUGCUUCUUUUGUUCUGUGUGAAAAUUAAUAAAUGGAUGCUCAGCUGCCAGCUGGUGUGUGAGCUCUGCAUCUAUCUGCUAAGUUAUUUUCUCCAUACAUGCUUGCUUUCCGUUUGGCCGGUUAGUCGAUCUGCUUGUUCGACCGAUCCAUCCAUCGGAUUACUACGUAUGCUUCAUCUUUCUGGAUAGAUGAUCAUACAUGUAUAUGUGAAAACUUUGAUCUCUAGCACCGUUCUGGUGUGGUGUGCUUCCUAGAGGUCGACGAAUAAAUCAUCAGCUUCAGCGGCAUGAGAAGAUCCAUUGGGUGAUCCUCGUGCAGCCGAGUUGCUGUUGUGCACUUGUUUGUGGGUGUGUGUGUGUUCGUGUGAUUUGUCAGCAUAUGUGGACUGACCGAGUUUGUACUCCUAAUUACUUCACUUGUAUGAACAGAAACAAUGAUGAUGAUUGUGAGUGUGACAUAUAUUUUCUAUGCUGCAAAUGUAUGUAUUAGUUGCUCUGUCA